AUGGCGUCCCGCCUCGCCGUCUCCAGGCUCGCGCCUUCGAGACCCCUCAUCCGUCCGACUUCCUUUGACCGACAGAGACCCCUCCUCAUAAGCUUCCAAGUUCGAGGUGUCUCAACAUCACAUCUUAUCCAGGUCGCCGCAGGCCAACAACGGUGGAAAGAGAGGGGCGACAAGAUUCAGAAUGGAGAGCUUCCACACGUCUGGGAUCUCCUGCAGGAGCGAGGUUAUAUCAAGGACGUUGCAGGAGACCCCGAGAGGAUCAAGGAGAUUAUGCGAGUUAAGCGGAUAGGCACCUACGUCGGAAUUGACCCGACAGCCGACUCUCUGCACGUCGGCCACCUACUACCUCUGAUGCCCUUGUUCUUGAUGUGGUUCCAUGGCCACCCCGCCGUCACCUUGAUCGGUGGCUCGACCGCUCGAAUUGGCGACCCUACCGACCGACUCGAGAGCCGCAAGAUAUUGACCAACUCGGAAAUCUCAAAGAACAUCACAAAGAUGCACGUGCAGCUGACAAAGUUAUGGGCAAACGUUCAGCACCUGAGGAUAAAGUACGGCUACGAGAAGGACUGGGCUGCCAAGCAUCACUUGUUGAACAACAACAUGUGGCUAGGGAACCUCACCCUGUACGACUUCGCCAAGAGGAUAGCUAGACACACCAGGAUUGGGCCCAUGCUGAGCAAGGAGACUGUGAGGCGCAAGAUGACUGAGGGAGACGGCAUGUCCCUGGGCGAGUUCAUAUACCCUCUCCUCCAGGGCUGGGACUUUUGGCACAUGUACAACAGACUCGGCAUCCAGAUGCAGAUUGGAGGCUCCGACCAGUACGGCAACAUCGUCGCCGGAAUCGACGCCCUCAAGACCAUCCGCGACACUGAGGAAGCGCCUCACGCCAAGAUGCCCACCACUUGGGAGCAUGAGCCCAUUGGCUUCACCGUUCCCCUGCUGACUGACUCUUCGGGCGCCAAGUUUGGCAAGAGUGCUGGCAACGCCAUCUGGCUGGACGAGUUCAAGACGUCGGCUUUUGAUCUGUACGGAUACUUUGUUCGACGGUCGGACGAGGAGGUGGAGAAGUUGCUCAAGCUGUUCACCUUUAUGCCCCUGGAGAGUAUCGCCAAGACCAUGGAGGAGCACCGCGCCAACCCCCAGGAACGGGUCGCGCAGCACACUCUAGCCUUUGAGGUCGUCUCACUCAUUCACGGCUCACAAAAGGCACUCCAGGAGGCCAAGCAGCACGAGUUCCGGUUCGGCGGCACGCUUCCCUCCGUCGUCAAUGAGCCAACUCAGGAGACUGGCAUUGUCACCUCCAACAACGCCCCCAGGAGCGACAUCAAGCUCCCUCGUUCCAUCAUGAAGAGCUCCCCCGCCAAGAUCCUCUUCGCUUCGGGUCUUGCUACAAGCAGCAGCGACGGCCAGCGACUUCUCAGCCAGCAGGGUGCCUACAUCGCUGCUCAGCCGGGCCAGAAGAGGGGUCUUGUUCCCGGUAACCUAUCUUGGACGCCGAUGAAAGCUUGGUUCCCCGAGGAGACGGCCAAGUUCCUCAUCGACGACUGCAUGCUUAUCCUACGCAAGGGCAAGCACAACGUGCGCAUCGUGGAGCUCAUCCCCGAUGAGGAGUGGGAGGCCAGCGGCCAGAUCUACCCUGGCCAGCCCUUCACUGGUGUCAUGCGCAGGAUGAAGGACGCACUUAAGAAGGAGGCUGCGGCAGACGGCAAGAAGCUCAAGGAUGAUGAGCUGGCCGAGAUUGCACUCGAAAGGUAUUCCAGCGGAAACAGGCUCAGCGUGGCCAACAACCCAGAUAUCGAGCUGCCCAACAAGCAGGAAUAUCGCAAACGCGGCCGGAUGAACAACAACUACAGGCGGUAA